UGAGAGGAGUCUAGAAUGGUUAUGAGAUUCCUGACUUGGGUGCUUGGUUGUUGGUAAUGAUAGUCAACCAGCUAAGGAAAUCAAAGGGCAGGGAAAAUGGACAGAUCAAUAAUGGAUGAAGAGCUGGAAUGAUCAUUUUGAGGCGAGACUGACCUCUCCCUCCAAACUCGGUAAAGAAGAUAAGUUGGGCAUGGAUGUAAGUAGGUCUGGAGGGAUGAGGAAGCAUGGGUCUGAGAAAGUUGGUAUUGUAGAACCUCACUUUUCACUAGGUGAGCUCUGUUCCUCGUAUAUGAUUCAGAACAUGAGGGGAAGCAGGGGCAGGGAAUAACCUUUAAGGGUUGGGGAAGUACUUUGACAAAUUAGGAAAAGUGAGUAGAGACAACAACUUCAAGAAGCUGGCAUGUAAGAGACAUCUCAAAGUACCAAGGUAACCUAGAGAUUUACAUCCAAUUCUUUCCAGGUCAGCCACAGAACCCAUUCUUAGAGAGAAGCAAUCAACUAAAAGGAUUUGUUUGAAAGCAGGGUAGUAUGUGUGGGAUGACCAACCAAAUUCCCAAUUAAACUGGGCAUGGGAUCAGUUACAAAUGUGGGCCAGUUAUGUCAUCUUCUUGUAUGAAAGAGAGCAUAUCCUUAGGGAUUCUUAGGGAGCUCUCAACAUCCGAAGUUGUUGUAAUGCAGAAGUUUGAGUUUACUUCCCACAAUUCCAUAAUCAAGUAAGACAGUAGGAAUAAAUGAUCAGUAGAAUAAAAAUAAAUGAAUCAUGAUGAAAUUGUUUUCUUUUUCAGAAUCUUGUCUUCUUUUGAGCCUACGUCAUGAGUUGGAUAUUCCUCAGAGACCUCCUAAGUGGAGUAAAUAAAUACUCAACUGGGAUUGGGCGGAUUUGGCUGGCUGUUGUGUUCAUCUUCCGUUUGCUGGUCUACAUGGUGGCAGCAGAGCAUGUGUGGAAAGAUGAGCAGAAAGAGUUUGAGUGCAACAUUAGACAACCUGGUUGUGAAAACAUGUGUUUUGACUACUUCUUCCCCAUCUCCCAGGUCAGACUUUGGGCCUUACAACUGAUCAUGGUCUCCACGCCUUCACUUCUGGUGGUUCUACAUGUAGCCUAUCGUGAGGGUAGAGAAAAAAGGCACAGAAAGAAACUCUAUGUUAGCCUAGGUACGAUGGAUGGGGGCCUGUGGUAUACUUACCUUACCAGCCUCAUUGUUAAACUUGGUUUUGAAAUUGGCUUCUUGGUUUUAUUUUACAAGCUGUAUGAUGGCUUCAGUGUUCCUUACCUUAUGAAGUGUGAUCUGAAGCCUUGUCCCAACACUGUGGACUGCUUCAUGUCCAGACCCACCGAGAAAACCAUCUUCAUCCUCUUCAUGGUGGUUACCUCAUGCCUGUGUAUUGUGUUGAAUUUCACUGAACUGAGCUUUUUGAUUCUCAAGUGCCUUCUUAAGUGCUGUCUCCAAAAAUACUCUAAAAGACCCAAGUUCUCAGUGUGUGAGUGCCCCAACCUCAGAUAUGUUGAAUGUGGUGAGGUAGGGGCCCUUCCGCUACUCCAGAAUCACCAUUCAGCCUCUGCCAUAAGCACAACUCGGGAAAGUGAAACAAAGCUACUUUGCAACACACUGUAAGGUUAAACAAAGAAAACCUGCAUCCCUCCUAAGCAAGAACUAGGCUGGGAUGGGAAACAAAGGGUAUCAGCCUUCAUGUAAUUUGGGAGGAAUUAAUAAAAUUUUCAAUAUGUGCUCGAUCACGUACACCAGAGGUCUCGUUGUUUUGCUUCAGGGUUCAUGAAUUGUUUUUGAAUAGUUAAUUGCCAAUUAGUCUGAAGAAACCCAGCUAUCAGCAUCCUUCUAAGUGCUUAGGUCUGUCAAGUGGAAAGUAUAAGAAGUGACACUUCUGACAAACGUGAUGUCCUCCAAGGUGCCGCUGAGGCACUAGCAAGCUUUCCAAAGCAGCAGCCACGGCUCCACUCACGCAGCCCCACCCAAUCCUCGCAGAGAAAGGCUGGGGAGGGCGGGGUGGCUGCUAACUAGGGGCACAGGAGCCUAUUUAAGCGAGAAGGCCCAGCCAGGGGAAAAGACCACAGAGCCCACGACUCUGCAGUUUAGGUGUCCCUGGACAUCGGAAAGGGUCAC